UUGUUGCUAUCACAAUCACUUCAGCUGAGUUUCUUUCACAACUAUAGCAGAAACAUGUCUCACUCUUUGUGGACGAGUUUCUUUCUCUGUAUGCUGGGGAUAGUUUCCCAAGUGAAGACAGACAUUAUUCACUAUUAUAUCGCAGCCGAAGAAAUUAUCUGGGAUUAUGCACCGAGUGGAAACGAUUUGGUCACUGGGGAAGAAGACUACAAAACAUUCUUGGAGAGUUCUCCAACCAGGAUUGGACGUAAAUACAAGAAAGCCAUCUAUAAGCAAUAUACAAACUUCACAUUUACUCAAGAAAUACCAAAACAUGAAUCACUUGGUCUUAUGGGACCUAUUCUAAGUGGAUCUGUUGGACAAACACUCCAUGUCCAUUUCUUUAACAAUGCCAGUCGACCUUAUAGCAUUCACCCACAUGGUCUUUUCUACACAAAGGGGAAUGAAGGAGCAUUAUACAGAGAUUUGUCAAACGCAUCUGAAAAGGCUGAUGAUAAGGUUCUACCUCAAACUACCUUCAAUUAUACUUGGAUAAUUGAACCCUUUGAUGGCCCAACCGAGGAUGAUGCUGAUUGUCUCCCUUGGAUGUAUCACUCUCACAUUGAACCAGUUAUGGACAUGAAUGCUGGCCUUAUGGGAAUGUUGAUUCUCUGUAAAAAAGAUAAAACAUACAAUCCCGAAAACACCCAGCAUUUGUUGAUGAAAGUUAUGGACGAGAAUUUAAGCUGGUACCUUGAUGAUAACAUUAAGAUGUUUCUAACUGGAAAGGUUGAUCCAGAAGAUGAAGAUUUCCAGGAGAGCAACAAAAUGCAUUCCCUAAACGGCCUUAUGUAUGGCAACUUGAAGUUGAAAGCUUGUGUUGCUGACAAAGUCACUUGGUACUUGAUGGGAAUGGGGAAUGAAGUGGACAUACAUACACUUAAUGUAAAUGGUCAUUCCUUUGAUUAUAAUCAUCACAGGAAAGACUCCAUCAACUUGUACCCAGCUGAAUUCAGUGUUGCAACAAUGGAUAUCAAUGGUGAAGGAUCAUGGCUAGUCAAAUGUCAUGUACAUGACCAUUAUGUGGGUGGCAUGGAAACCUUGAUGGAAGUAUUGUAUUGUAACAAGUCCAAUGACAUUAGCACCAAUUCUAAAAUUGUAACAUACUAUAUUGCGGCUGAAGAAGAAGAAUGGAGUUACUCAAGAAAUGGCAUGAACCCCUAUGAUGGUGGAUCUCUCACAGACCCUGAAAGUGGUUCAGAAGUAUUUUUUAAAAACGGUUCACAUAGAAUUGGGGGAAAAUACAUAAAAGCUAUCUAUCAUGAAUACACUGACAACAGUUUUACAAAAAAGAAGCCAAGAGGAAUAGAUGAAGAACACUUGGGUUCCUUAGGGCCUGUGAUUCGAGCUGAAGUUGGAGAAAUGAUAAAAGUUGUUUUCUACAAUAAAGCAUCAUUUAAUUUUUCCAUUCAUCCUUAUGGAGUAACCUAUGAAAAAUUUGAUGAAGGAGCUUUCUAUACUGACGAAGCUGAUAAGGGUAUUGUUGCACCACAGAGCCUGAAAACUUACUACUGGUAUGUAACAAAAGAUAUGGCACCACUUGAAAAUGAUCCCGACUGCUUAACUAAAAUGUAUGCAUCAGAAGUAAACACCAUGAAAGACACAUACUCUGGCCUUGUUGGGCCAUUGCUUAUAUGCAAAGCUGGUAGACUUGAUAGCAACAGAAAACAGAAAGGCGUAGAUAAAGAGUUCUUUCUCCUGUUUAUGGUGACUGAUGAAAACAAUUCUCAUUACUUGAAAAGGAACAUUAAAAUGUAUACUACAGAUCCUGAACAUGUUGAUGUAGAGGAUGAAGAUUUUAUGGAAUCAAAUUUGAUGCAUGGUAUCAAUGGCUACCUUUAUGGGAAUCUUCAUGAACCAGAAAUGUGCAUGAAUGAUAAAGUCAUCUGGCAUAUCAUGGCUCUUGGCAACGAAGUUGAUUUGCAUACUGUUUAUUUCCAUGGAAAUACUUUCACUGUUCACAAAAACCAUAAAGAUACUUUCAGCGUACUCCCAGGAAUGCUACAAACACUAGAAAUGAAAGCUGUAAAUCCUGGUACAUGGGCUGUGGAGUGCGUGACCAAUGAUCACUUCAAUGCUGGAACCAAGGCCAUGUAUAAAGUAGAUCACUGUGGGAGAAAGAAAAAUAUUGAAAUAACGGAAAACAAAGUUAGAGAAUAUUUCAUUCAAGCUCAAGAAAUUGAAUGGGAUUAUGCCCCAGGACAUAAAGACCUCAUCUAUAACACAUCCCUUGAUGACCCUAACAAUCCAGGCCAUGUGUUUGUUAAAUCUUCAGAUUUUCUCAUUGGAAGCAAAUAUAUUAAAGCAGUUUACCGAGCUUACACAAACAACAGCUUCCUGACAGCCAAGGACCAUCCAGAAUCACUUGGAAUUCUUGGACCUAUAAUAAUAGCUGAAGUGGGAGAUACCAUAAAAGUGGUCUUUAAGAAUUUAGCCAGAUAUCCUACUUCAAUCCUUGCUCAUGGAGUUCUUUACAACAAGUCAAGUGAAGGUACAAAAUACACAGGCUUCGAAGCGAACACAGGAUAUGCUGUUCAGACUAAUGGAACCUUCAUAUAUACAUGGGUUGUACCAGAGAGUUCUGGACCUGGGCCAGGAGAUCCAGACUGCAUCAGUUACGCAUACUAUUCAGCUGUUAAUCCAUCCCAAGACACAAACGCUGGAUUAAUUGGACCUCUCGUUAUAUGCCGGAAGAAUAAAGCAAACUCAACAGAUGUAAAAAUGUUUCCACUUUUGUUUACUGUAUUUGAUGAAAAUGAAAGUUUAUAUCUUGAUGACAACAUUGAGAAAUAUGCAAAGAAGGCAAAUAAAGAGGAUGAAGAGUUUAUGGAAAACAACAAAAACCAUGCAAUUAAUGGUUUUCUCUUUGGAGGAUUGCAAGGUCUGGAUAUGAUGAAACAAGAUAAAGUCUACUGGUUUUUAAUAGGAUUAGGAACUGAAGUUGACAUACAUUCUGUUCAUUUCCAUGGCAACACAUUUCUCCAUUAUACAGACUACAAACAUAGAAAAGAUACAUUGGAUCUAUGGCCUGGUUCAUUUAAAACUGUCUUCAUGGUUCCUGAAAACCCAGGUAAAUGGUUACUCCAUUGCCACGUUGAUGACCACAUCAUAGGGGGUAUGAACGCAAUCUAUACAGUUAAAAUUGUGUCCUAAUUCUGAACAUAAUUGUAAGAAGCCCUUCAUAUAUUCAAACAGAUAAUAUAUUCCACUUUUCACAGAUGAAGAUUUUUUGCUAUAUAGUUUUGUAAACAUUUCCUUUUAUUUCUCUAAAAAUUAUUGCAAUUAUUAUUUUUAUCUUAUUAAAAUGAAUAAAAUCAUCUUAGAAAACCAAA